CAUUUCGAAUCCCAAUUCCCCCCAAACAGCAAAACCCCCUCCUCGUCGCCGUCGUGCUCCGCCGCCUCGAGCCCCUCUCUCGGUGAUCGCGAUGGCGAACAUGCCGGUCUCGGAGAUGCGGCUUCCUCCCCACCUCGCCCACCUCCUCGCCGCGCGCCGCCUCGACACCGCCAAGGACGUGCUGUCGCUGCCGGAGGUGGAGCUCAUGGCCAUCCUCGACGCCGGCCUCCCCACCGCACGCGCCGCCGUCGCCCUCGUCAGCGAGGCCGCCUGCCCGCCCUGCCAGACGGCGCUCGCGCUUCUGGAGGAGCGCGUCAGGUUAGGAGGCGGCGGCCGGCUGGCCACCACGCUCUGCGGGUUGGACGAGGCAUUGGGCGGAGGAAUCCCCAUGGGAAAGCUCACUGAGGUCGUUGGUCCCUCGGGGAUCGGCAAAACGCAGUUCUGCCUGAAGCUUGCGUUGUUAGCAGCAUUACCGGAAUAUUAUGGAGGUUUAGAUGGUAGAGUUGUGUAUAUUGACACAGAAUUCAAGUUCUCUUCACGGAGGAUGAUUGAGAUUGGUCAGAAAAGCUUUCCUCAAAUAUUUAGACAAGAAGGCUUAGCACAAAAGAUGGCUGGGAGGAUCCUAGUAAUUCGACCGACAACUUUAGCUGAUUUCACCAAGAGUUUGGAAGAGAUGAAGGUGACUCUUCUUCAGCAUGAUGUGAAGUUACUCAUUGUUGAUAGCAUGGCUGCUCUUAUGUCUCUGGAGAACGAGAAGGUUACAGCAGGUUUCAGCCAACACCCUUUAAGAUGGACCCUUUCUUUUCUUAAGUCUAUAGCAGAGUUCUCAAGAAUUCCAGUCGUGGUUACAAACCAAGUACGCAGCCAAAGUAAUGACGAUGGUUACCAUUUUUCCUUUGAAGUGGACAAAAAGGAUGGUAAUAAAUGUGCUGAAAAGUUUGAUUCUCAUCUUGUUGCUGCACUAGGGAUUCAGUGGGCUCAUGCCAUAACUGUCCGUCUAGUCUUUGAAUCUCAUUCAGGCCACAGGUUCAUCAAGGUGGCAAAAUCACCUAUGUCUCCAGCAGUAGCAUUUCCAUUCGUUGUUGAGUCAUCAGGCAUUACCUUACUAAGUGACGAAAGCAUUGAUGUGACAGGUCCUGAGAUUACCUCAAUUCGUUGUCAAGGUCAAAAUGUUCUGUCUCGAUAACCAUUUAAAUGCUACCAUAUCUACUGAAAAGGUCUCUAUCCUUCUUUGAUAAGUUAUGUUCUAGUGUAAUGAUUGGGUGUUUUUCCACGAGGAUCGAGGAAGGUUGAAAUAGCCGGUAUUCAGUUGAUGUUUCUUUCCAAGUAUCCUUUUGUGUGGUAACCUAGGCACCUAGCAGGAACAAGAUGAUAUCAUUCAGGGAGAAAAUCAGACAUGGCCUGUUUUAUGAAACAUUGUUUAGAUUGGUCCUUCAUAACAAGGUUUCGCCCUACCUGUACCUGAUGGCGAUGGGAUCUGCUGUUUUCGUCUGUCGCGGAAUCAAUACACGGGAACCAGUAACGCCUGUCACUGGCGGUGGACCACGCGAGCGCCCGCCGCUGGCCCGUGCCUGCCUGCCUGCCUGCCUGCCUCCUGGCUCAUCCCAUGGGCCGGGCCGGCCGCAUCCGCACGCGGCACGCGGUUGUGAAAACCUGAAAGCGAUCGAAUCUCGCUCUCCUAUCGACUGAGUAUUCUUCUUCCUCCUCUUUUUGUCUUUUUUUUUAUUACGACCGGUUUGUACGUACGUGUACGUAUAAGAAAAAAAAUGAUGGGGGUGCUCCUAGGUUUUCUAAGAUGUGGUUGCUACUUUGCUUGCUCCUCACCCGCCGUGGGUAUCUUGUUUUUCAUGCCGCGCACCACAGAUAAGGGCCCCUUUUGGAUCGCGGCAUCCUUUCUCGUUUCAUGCAUUUUUCCUCUGAAAAUAAACUGAUUCCUGUAAAAAUUAAAAUUCGUGUGUUCUAAUUUCUAAAGGGGUCUGGGUGUGAUUGGUUGUUUA